GGCUAAAAAUUGUUGAAAAAUCGGGAAAAUCAGAAUUUUUAAAUAAAUUCGUGAAUUUUGGAACAAUUUCGUGCGAUUUCAGAGCAAAUUAGAGUUAUUUGCAACUACCGCAGCCAUACCCGUUGGAAAAGUACCGAGAAAGGGGAAAACCGUGGAAAUUGCGACCUUUCCCGGAAAACUCGAGGACAACUUCAAAUACUUUUCCGCUCGCGUUGUGGUUGAAAAAGAUAGCCGUGAAACCCCAGAAAAGAAUGCUGAAUCGAGAACCUUAGGAAACGGGCUCUGCGGGCUGUGGUUCUCUGCGAUGCGUUAUGAAGUGCAAGCAAAAUCGUGGAUUAAUGCGAAUAAUUUCUUUGGCCAUUUUACUCGUUUUGCAUCUCGUGCCUGCAUCUCUGGCGGAGGAAGGCCACGAAGAGGAGGAAACGUUGAUUGAAGAUUAUUUCGUGUGCCGGACCUGCGGAAAUGAUGUUAGCGUAGCGAAUCUGCUUUUCGAUAAGUACAGCCCACUCGCCCUCAGCGCUACCAACCACACACUCACCGAAGGCCGGUCCGUGUUGAUCCAGGAAGUGCAGAACUCGCGCGGAUUCAGAUACACAAUUUUCCUGGUCAAACAAGCCUCCUGCCAGAAGAUAACAGCGCAACGGUGGAUCGCAAAAUCGUCCUGGUUUCCCGGCUAUGCUUGGAAGUUUUGCAUGUGCCCCAAGUGCCGCAUGGUAGUCGGUUUUAUGUUCGAACCGAUCGAAACCGCGACAAUUGAGCGCAACUUCCCUUCGGACGCCGGCUUCUAUGCGCUGAUUCACAACAGCAUUAUCACGGAAGGAUACGUGAACUCUUUGCUUAUGAAGGAAAAGGUUCUGCGCGAGAAUUGAAAGGACGUAGUGUGGUAGCCAAAGGAAAAAAAAACGGUCCGAACAUGGUGGAUCCAAAGAGACACAUUUACUUACUGUCUGCUGAGGAGCAAGCGUUUCUGGAAGAGUGUGAGCAUGAGUACGCGAACCGGUUCACGGAU